AUGGAGAUGUCAAGGUCUUCAGACACGUUCAGCGCAUCACGCAAUCGCGUCCGUGCGGAUGAAAUCAACGAUGAGGAGGACCAUGCAGACGCGGCGUACGUGGAGAAGCACAACCUACAGUGCCUCUUCUCGGAAAUGGCGGAGCAGCUUUCCGAGAAGGAUCCGAAAACUGAACAGGAGGCCGAACGCAUUCUGUUGGAAUUUUUGACGCACCGGAAGGCGGAACGUGACCGUGCGGCUCUGCGGCUUCAGUUUAGCCACUCCUUUGAGGUAAACCUUGACAAUGGGCGCAAAAUCAUGAGACUGCAGCUUGGUCAAGAGACUUCCACGCUUCAGUUGGAGCAAAAAGGCCGUGUGUUGAAAAUGGACGAGGCUUUUUCUAUUUCUUUGGAGCAAACAGAGGAGUUAACGGAGAUGUUUUACGAACUUGGUCGUUUUGUUGUGGAUGGGACGAAAGGAGAACAGGGGGGAUUCAUUAGUAUUGACGAGCGGGAUGUGUAUCUGCUCGCCGCGGGGAGGGAAUGCGCGGAGGCAGGUGAUGAGCUCUUUAAUUUGGCGAUGCUUUUCAGCAUGGACCGGGGGAAGAAGUCAGAGCAGACUUCUGGGGAAGCGUAG